UCCUAGUAUUACUCUUUGGCCCCUUCUCUAGUACUGUACCUCAUUCUGCACAGCACUCAUCUACCCAGAGGUCUAAAGGACACACAGGAGUUUUACAGAAGAAUCAGGGUAAUUGUAUUUUUUCUCUGGUGAAAAAUGAAGUUGGCUAGAGUUGUUGUACUAUUAUUGAUUGCUGUUUGGGGAAUCACUGCUACUCCGACUGGCCGUCUCUCAUGUUACAAGAAGAUUCUAAAAGAUCGGAACUGUCAUAACAUCCCAGAGGGAGUGCAGGAUCUUUGGCCAAUGAAAGAAAAACUCCAAGACCAUUUUUGGGAAGGCACAGGGUGUGAGAUGGCGUGCUACUGCAAUUUUAAUGAGCUGCUCUGCUGCCCAAGAGAGAUUUUCUUUGGGCCGAAGAUUUCCUUUGUGAUUCCUUGUACCUCCCACUGAUAAACAAAGCUACAUUGUG